CUCCGGGCGAAAAGCUGCUCUGGUCUUUAGCUCCUCACCUACUUCCUGUUUUACCUCCGUUACUUUUUGAAGUUCCGACGCUCGGCGGAUUUGACAAUGAGCCAGCGCCGGAUAGUCACGUUGUCACAAAUGAACUUUUCUUUUCGAGGAAUGUUUUUUUACCAGUUACACAUUUGCGUCUCUUCUACGCGUUAACGAGAAUUAAGACUCCAGCGUCAGCAUCAUGCACGACGUGUCGAAGAUGAAGAAGCCCGACGUCAAGGUUGUUCUCCUGGGGGACAUGAACGUGGGGAAGACGUCGCUGCUCCACAGGUACAUGGAGAGGAAGUUCAAAGACACCAUCAGCACCGUCGGAGGGGCGUUUUUCCUCAAACAGUGGGGACCUUACAAUAUCUCAAUAUGGGACACAGCUGGCCGGGAACAGUUCCACGGGUUGGGCUCCAUGUACUGUCGAGGUGCAGCCGCUGUCGUCCUCACGUACGACGUCACCAACUGGCAGAGCCUAGCUGAGCUGGAGGAGCGCUUCCUGUCCCUGACCGAUACAGCCAACCAUGACUGCAUCUACGCCAUCGUGGGCAACAAGGCGGACCUCACGGACCCUAAAGCCCACCUCUCCCAGGACUCAGACGCACAGUCUGAGAACAGAACUGAGUGCGAGGAGGAGAGGACAGAACCAGAGGUGCUUUCCGCUUGCCCCACGCCCCCAGCCUCCCCUACGUCCCUCUCCGUCGGGAUGCUUCGCAAGCAGGUGACGUACGAGGAUGCGGCGGGUCUCUACGGGAGAAUACUGCGCUAUAAGGGCCUGGAUGAAAACAGCAGCCUGCCCGCCGAGAAGAUGUGCUUCGAGACGAGCGCCAAGACGGGCUAUAACGUGGACGCUCUGUUCGAGACGCUGUUCGACCUGGUGCUGCCUUCCAUCCUGAGGAAGAGACAUCAGAACCAGGAGUCUCCUACAGUGGAUCUGGAGGAGUGCAGGGUCAGCAGCAAGCGGGGCAGGUCCUCCUGCUGCUAGCACGCUAAAGAGACGCAAAGAGGCUCACAGAUACAGGACUAUCAGGCCUGAACACCAGAUCUGUAUAAUGGUACUACCUUUUUUUUUUUUUUUUGCCUUGACUGCAGCCAAAAGCAUCAAAAACCUCCUGGCAGCACAUAGUACAUGUGUUCUUGAUGCUGUGGAGAUGAUGGUCCUCAGAAUAGAGCUCGUAGUGUUUUAAGUAUUUCUUUGUAAGGAAGGGACAUAACUAACUAUGUUUUCAAACCUCUAAUGACUGAAACUGCACUUGUGUCCCAAAGAAACCAAUCACUGCUAUUUGUAAGCGUUCCGCUACGAGAGUCCCAAGAAUUCAACAGCACUAAUUUUCAGCUUCGAGGCACAUUGCACAGUUGUUUAUUGUACUUACUUUGUUAAUCACGUUUCACUUUAAUGCUCUGUUACUAACUCUGACACCCAUGUCUGUGUUUUACCGGUACUUUUCCAUGUACCAUUUGUCGAAUUUUAAGCUUCUUGUUAUAAUAAAGAUUUUUUAUUUUGCAGUA